ACGCAAAGUGAGACCCCGACCGAGCUGCUCCGGAUCGUGUCUGAGGGACAAUCCGCCCCUGGACCCUGCAGACUCCUCCUUUAUAACGGUGCUAGACUGGGCUGCCCGAGUGGGAUUUCCAGCUGAUGAAUGCUUAUUCUGUCCAUCUUGGAAUAUGUGCGCUUUCCGUUUUUCUCCUGCCAGUUAAGCACAGGCGCUUGCCGACGUAGCCCAGUUUUGCGGAUCGGCGCGGUGGAUCUCAGUACGACUGCUCAGUCGAAUUAAAUAAUUAAGGGAUGUGGAAAUUACAGAAUGCCCGGCAUCGUUGGAAAGACAUUUAAACCCACAACGUUUAUCCCCGUGUCCAGCGCUGCCACACUCCUUGUCGGUUCUACAACUUUAUUUUUCGUUUUCACGUGCCCUUGGCUGACCCGCACAAUCUCCCCCAUCGUCCCGCUUUACAAUGGCAUCGUCUUCGUCUUUGUGUUGGCCAACUUCGGCAUGGCCACCUUCAUGGACUCUGGCGUUUUCCCCCGAGCGACCGAGGAGGAGGAGGACAAGGAGGACGACUUCCGGGCGCCACUCUACAAGAACGUGGAGGUGAAGGGCAUCCAGGUGCGCAUGAAGUGGUGCGCCUCCUGCCACUUCUACAGACCUCCGCGCUGCUCCCACUGCAGCGUGUGUGACCACUGCGUGGAGGACUUCGACCAUCACUGCCCCUGGGUGAACAACUGCAUUGGCAGACGUAACUACCGCUACUUCUUCCUGUUCCUGCUGUCUCUCAGCAUCCACAUGGUGGGCGUCUUCUCCUUUGGCCUCCUCUUUGUAAUGCACCACCUGGAACGUCUGGAAGCCCUGCAGACCACUGUCACCUUGGCGGUCAUGUGCGUGUCAGGCCUGUUCUUUAUCCCAGUGGGUGGCCUCACUGGCUUCCACAUGGUGCUGGUGGUCAGGGGGCGCACAACAAAUGAACAGGUAACCGGCAAGUUCAAAGGAGGGGUCAACCCCUUCUCACGUGGUUGCUGGGGCAACACCGAGUACGUCCUGUGCAGUCCCCUCGCUCCCAGAUACAUGGUGCCCCCCAGGAAGCAGCCCUCCGUCUCUAUCCAACCGCCCUUUCUUCAGCCUGAGCUUUCAGAUGGACAGAUGACCUUCAUGUUCAGAGACAAUGGGAAGAGUAACAUCUUCUGGACCAAGUCUAAAGGAAGUCUGGAUGUGAUCACACUUGCUCCCAGGCCGGACCCUGGCGAGGACUGCGAGCCGAAACCCAGACUGGCUGACGGCGAAGGCCUAUCUGCCCAAGCCUUCUUUAAGUACCAGGUCCCCUUCGGGUCUGUGGCGGAGGUGCAGUAUUGCGCAGCGGGAGAGCAGGUCACAAUAUCUGGCCGUCACAGAGCAUCGGCCAGCCUGGAUGGCGUCCCCAGGGGCCAGGACUACUUCUCUGAGCCUGACCUGGACCUUCCGGACUGCAGGAACCAGCUUGCGCCCUGGGCCUUGCAGUCUCCGCUGCUGCAGCUGGACUCGUGCAGCCUCCACUCGCGCUCGCUCAGCCUGAGGGAGUCGCACCAGCACCGGGACCAGCUCCAGGCCCUACCCGGCAAGCCCGAGGACUCGGCCCCCCACAGCAGCGCCUUGACACCCAGCAUGCUGUACAGCCGUAAUGGGAGCCUCUCUUAUGACAGCCUACUCCACCCAAGCCCUAACGCCCUCACCAUGAUGGACUGCCUAGCCCACCCUGGGCCGCCCUCACUGGGAUGCCGCUUGCCAUUCCAGCCCACGAACCAGUUCUCAGCAUGGCUGCCCGAGUUGCCGUGCCCAGUCCUGGUGGGCAGACACUCCCCCCAUCCGAAGAACCCCUCACCGGUGGGCUACGACAGCCUUCCCAAGACCGUCAUGGCGUCCAUUCAGGAGCGACGGGAGACUGAGGAUGAGAGACAGCUGCAGGUCCAAUCCCACUUCCAGCCUCAGCCAGACCCUGGGGUGUAUGACAUGCCCCGCUUGCACAGCCUGUACCCGGGUCCAUGCUACUCAGAGGGCCCCCGAGUUACCAAGUCACGGAGUCCCACACCCCCCAUCUUCGGGUCACGGGACAAUCUGAUAGGUUCCGGGGGUAGGGUGCCCCAGCUCCAUUCCUCGGCUUCUCGGUCCUCCAUGACCUCCGUGACCUCUAUGACCUCCAUGACCUCUGUGCACACGGACACAUCCGGCAGUGGAGCACAAGCCCCACCCAAACCACUUCACUGCCCCCCUUCAUAUUCUUCCUCUUCUACACCCCAGGAAAAUCUCCCCUUUGUCAACACUUCAGACACGAGAGACAUGCCUCCCCAGGGAAGCUCCAGGUAUGACUCCUAACGCUUUGGGUGUGGGUGAGUGCCAGGCCAGGCCAGGCUUCCUGCAGGGCUUCAGGCCCUCCACCCGCAGCCGGAUCCCAGGCCAGGCUUCCUGCAGGGUUUCAGUCCCUCCACCGACAUCUGGAUCCCAGGCCAGGCUUCCUGCAGGGCUUCAGUCCCUCCACCGACAGCCGGAUCCCAGGCCAGGCUUCCUGCAGGACUUCAGUCCCUCCACCCGCAGCCAGAUCCCCGGCUUCAGCUGCCUUCCCACGUUCCUCACUGAACACAUGUGAGUCCUGUUCUGGAGGAACAGUGCAAGUAUAACUUAAAAUUAAUGCUGACGUGUCCACUUUUGUAUUUUUAGUAAA